AUGGGUUUGGUGAACUUUGUGAUAUCCACUGUUGGAAAAUGCUUGGAUGCGGUGUGUUUAUUGUUGGACCUGAACUUUCUCAUCGUCCACACCGUGGUGAGAAUCCUCCUUGGGGUUUUUGCUUUUAUUACCCACCUGCCCACCCUCCUGAUGAGCUCCUUGGUGCAGCUGGGGAACCUCGUCUUGUUCUCCACCAUGUACAUGGCAGAGGCGACAUCAAACUUAGCCCAUAAUACAGUCACCCUGCUGGGAAGCAUGGUUCUUGCUCUGGAAGGUCUGCUGGAGAGCCUGAAGAUGGUGGGCUACCUGUCCAUGCACGUCCUGCUUCGGGGAAAGGAGCAGCUGUGUCGGGGUCUGUUGUCCGUGCUGGAAGGAUGUGGCAUCGCCAUCAGUCUGGUGGUCUAUUUUACCAACACCGUGGUGAACUUCGCCCUCAUAGCCACCCAGAACUUCUACCUGGCAGUGGUUGGCUUGUGGCAGACGGUGUCCAGCCCACUGCAGAAGGUUCUGGAGCUCACCCUGACCUCCUUCACCUUCCUGUACAGCUGUCUUGCUGGCACGUCGGAGUUCCUGUGGUCUCCCUGUAAACUGCUUUUGGAUUUUCUGUUUUCCCUCGUGCACAUGUUCAUCUGCAUCUUCAUCCUGAACAUCUAUGGCCUCCUGCUCACCGUCACUAUCACCCUGAUGACCACCGUCUACCUGAACCCGAGGCUGACCCGUCAGGCAGCCGUGCGCGUUAUGGAUUACACCAACUCUCAUGCUUCUCUGCGUAGACUGCAGAGGAUUCUCCGUCACCUCUACCUGCUGGAGAGAAGGUUUUGGCAGCAGCUGUCUCAGAACAGAAGCCAGCUGAGCCUGGCACUGCGAAUGCAGCUGCACAGGUACAACAGGAACAGGGCGAGGGGGGACGGCAACCCUGGAAUGGAGAGCCGAGGCCCGCCGGACGGGAGAGCAGGAGACGGGGCUCAUCGAGAGCAGCAGGAUUUAAUUUUUCCUUCGUCGAGCUCGGGUGAGCCAGUAAAGAAGUGUUCGGACGUCGGUGACAAACUCCUGCCGGCUGAGAAUCUGCUUUCUCUACUAAAGGAACAAGAGGAGAGGAAGAAGUGCGUGAUCUGUCAGGACUGUACCAAGACGGUGGUGCUGCUGCCGUGCAGACACCUCUGCUUGUGCAGAGAGUGCACGGACAUCCUUCUGAGGCAGCCCAUCUACCAACAGAACUGCCCUCUCUGUCGUCACAUGAUCCUCGACACCAUGGAUGUUUAUCUAUGA